AUGGCCGUCACCGCCGUCGUUUUCCUCGCCUUCUGCAUCCUCCGGCCCUUCAACCAGAUCGUGUACGCUCCGAAGCUCCGCCAUGCCGAUGAGAAACACCGGCCGCCGCCCAUGGGCAAGAGCCUCUGGGCCUGGUACAAUCCAGUCUUCAAGACCAACGAGCCCGAAUAUGUUGAAAAGAUUGGAAUGGAUGCUACCGUCUUCCUACGCGUGGCUCGCAUGUGCAGGAACAUGUUCACCGUGCUCGCCAUCGCUGGAUGCGCCAUCGUCAUCCCCGUCAAUGUGACCAAGUCGCAGAAUUUUGGACAGGACGCUAAGACGAACGCCAUCUUCCUCAUGACGCCGAGAGAUGUGCUGAUCGGGAGCGCGUAUUGGGCCUUCGUGGCGGUAGCCUACGUCUUCGACAUCAUUGUUUGCGGCUUCUUGUGGUGGACAUACCGUGCGAUACAUCAGCUACGGAGAACGUAUAUGGAGAGUCCAGAGUACCAAAGCAGCCUGUACUCUCGGACCCUGAUGAUUACCGAUGUCUCUAGAAACUUGCGGACCGACCAUGGCCUUGUCGAAAUAACGGAUAGCCUACGAACCACGCCCGAAGUCCCGCGGGCGUCCAUCGGCAGGAACGUCAAGGAUAUCCCCGAUCUGAUCGAACAACACGAGCAAGCUGUCGUUGAGCUCGAGCAGGUUCUGUCUAAAUACCUCAAGAACCCCAACAAGCUCCCCGCCGAGCGCCCGCUGUGCAAGCCGUCGAAGAAGGAUCCGGAAUUCACGAACAAAAACGAGAAGGUGGACGCCAUCAACUAUCUCACUGCCAGAAUCCAGCGCUUGGAGGAGCAGAUCAAGGCCGCGCGUGAGACGGUGGACAAGCGAGACGCAAUGCCCUACGGUUUUGCAAGCUACGAAACUAUCGAGUCCGCGCACACUGUGGCCUUUGCAGCGCGCAGCAAGCAUCCCAAGGGCACUACGGUGCGGCUAGCUCCUAAGCCAAAAGACGUUAUCUGGAAGAACCUGCCAUUAGAUCCGAAGUCGAGACGGUGGAGGCGCUUCAUCAACAACUUAUGGAUCACGCUCCUGACCGUGCUGUACUUCAUUCCCAACGCCCUGAUUGCGGUAUUCCUAGCCCAGCUCAGCAACAUUGCCCUCCUUUGGCCAUCAUUUGCGGAUGAGAUGGCCAAGAAUCCGAAGACGUGGGCUGUCGUGCAAGGUAUUGCUGCGCCUGCACUUACCUCGCUCUUCUACUACUUCCUCCCCAUCAUCUUCCGCCGACUCUCCGUGCAAGCGGGCGACCAGACCAAGACAUCCCGAGAAAGGCACGUCAUUCACCAGCUCUAUUCCUUCUUCGUCUUCAACAACCUCUUCGUCUUCUCGCUCUUUGCAGCCGUCUUUAGGCUCGUCAGUGCGGCCGUGGGCACGGCCAAAGCUGGCGGCAAAUCGUUCAUCCAAGUUGUCGAGGACAUCCACCCCUUCGUCAACAUCAUGAUUGCCCUGUGCAAUAUCUCGCCUUUCUGGGUGACGUGGCUGAUCCAGCGUAACCUGGGUGCCGCCAUCGACCUAUCGCAGGUUGUCAACCUUGCGUGGGGCUCCUUCUCCCGCAAGUUCCUGAACCCAACGCCCCGAGAGCUGAUCAAGCGAACGGCUCCUCCGCCGUUCGAUUAUGCAAGUUACUACAACUAUUUCCUUUUCUACUCGACUGUGGCUCUCUGCUUCGGUGCUUUACAGCCAAUCUGUCUUGUUGUAACGGCCUUUUACUUCACCAUCGAUUCCUCGAUGAAGAAGUACCUCCUGAUGUACGUGUUCUGCACCAAGAACGAGUCAGGAGGGCUCUUCUGGCGCGUCCUCUUCAACCGCUUCCUUGUCGGCACAUUCCUCGCUAACUGCAUCAUCGCCCUCAUGGUCGGCGCUCGCGGCGAUCAAAGGUAUAUGAUGCUUGGCGCCAUGGUCCCUCUCCCUCUCUUGCUCCUGGGCUUCAAGUUCUACUGCAAGAACGCCUUCGACCACUCCAUGAAGUACUACACCAAGGGCGAAACUCCCAAGGGCGUUGAGGCGCCUCCUCCGAUCGACAAGGAGGCCCGCAGGCGUGAUCGUGUCGCCGUUCGUUUCGGUCAUCCGGCGCUGUACCAGAAGCUCACUGUGCCGAUGGUCCACGAGAAGAGCAAGCACCUCCUGAGCGAGCUGUACCGUGGCCGCCUCGAUGGUGAUGUGGGUGCCACAGCCGGCUUCAGCGACGUGUAUUCGAUGAAGCGCAUGAGCAAGGAGAACCCAGGGAAAGCAGCAGGAGCCGCCGGACCGUUCGAAUUCGUCUCGGAGAACAACAUGGACUUUGAGAACUACAAGGACCGGCCUGAGUUCAGCGCCGAACACGGCGGCGAGGGCUCGCUAUAUGGUAGCCAGGGCGGCAGUCGCCCUGGCACACCGGCGUCAAUGUUCGGCAGCGAGCGGGGCCGCUCGUCGAGCCGCGACUCGGAGCGCACCAUCUCGCCGGAUGAGAACGGCGUCACGUACCCCGCCGGGUACCACAGCACGCCGUCGAACCUGCGCGAGUACAGCCCGAGCCCCGAUCGAGGAGCAUUUGGUCGCAUGCCCAGCAACUCUUCGGGGGUGACUCCAUACCAGAUCCCCGAUGACAGGGGGUUGCUGGGCGGUGCGGCGCCCAUGGGGAGUCAGACGCCGACCCAGGGGUAUACGCCGUAUCAGCCUGAGCGCGACGGGUCGGCGGAUUACUUCCGCGGUGGCGGGAGGAUAUAA